AUGGAAAAAUACGAGUUAGAGAAACAAUGGAAUAACCAGCGUUAUGCCCAGCUAACUAUUGAGCAUCGUUUAUCACAGGAACGUCAGAAACGAAGCACCUACGAGGGGACCCAUUCACAACUUGACUCUCAAAUCUCCAACAUCCAGUCGAAUUCUAUGCCCAAUCAAUCUGUUUUGCUUUCUCUAUCUUCACUUCCUGUGGCCCCAUGUGCUAUCUCAGUUAGCUUAUGCAACAAGGCCUACCCAACGAGUACUCCAAAAAUUGCCACUACGCUGACAGAUAGCAGCGGCUGCCUUGAUUGUGAAGCUACUCUACAUCUUGAGCAUACCAUCACAAAUGAAAUGGGUACUCAAAGCGUCGGGCAUUCUUCGCGAAAUGUAGAUCUGGACUAUACACUAGAUUCUAAAGGGUUGGAAAGAGGAGGCUUGAAUGCCUCCUGGACACAUACAUACCCUCAGGGCAGCUCAGAUUAG